CGAUGUGGUUUGGGUAAAUCCACUUGCUGCAUCAAAACUGUUCCAGCCUUAAAUUCAAGCGUUAAACGCGUCUUGGUAGAAUCAAACCAAGAAAUUAGGUUUCUCCCGCACAUCAGACACGGAAUUCGGAACCCGGAGGAGCAUUUCGUGAAGUGUGGUGCUAGGCAAGUGGUGGAACAGUGCUCGUGCUUCGAAGAAAACCGACGGGCUGCACAUACAUGUGAUAAAGCAUUCUGACUUCCUCCAACGACAACGGCAGCUGGAAUUUCGAUGAGGACCACGAUAUGGGAGCCCCAUUACUGCCGGCGUUUUAACGGUCAAUUAGAUAGAGUGUGAGACAGCUGUCGGGUUAAUCCUAGCUAUACCUGAAGUGGAAGCAAACGUCAAUUGGUCGAUUUUUGCCUAUCAUGACCGCCCGUUCCGAAUGCAAUCAACGAACGACGACACUUGAAGCAGCGAUAACAGCAUCCACAGGCCGGUCGAGAUAAUCCGCUCUAUGCAGAAGAACCGUGGCAAAAGCUAACAUUUAUCAAGAAAACGACCCUCGCACCGAGAUUCAUCCUGGAGCUACGGCGACGGCAGCACUAUUUUCUUCUAUCGGAACAGGACAACGUGCAUCAACGACGACGACGACGGCGACGAUGGACCACCAGGAGCGCCCUUGUAGGAGACGAGGGCGGCCGGCCGAUGCAACGGUAGUGCUACGUCCCCUGUGGACGGUCAUAAUUGCGGUGCUGUUCCUUGCCGGAUCGAUACACGGGAACACCGAAAAAGAUUUCACACAACAGUGCAACAAAUGUCGCUGCAGUUGGAAAAGUGGCAAGCGGAAUGCGGACUGCACCAAUCAGGGACUGGGACUGAUUCCGGGAGAUUUGAGCUCCGAGCUGCAGGUACUGGACCUGUCCCAAAAUCGAAUAGGGGAGAUUCGGGCCCACGAGCUGAUGGAAGCCCAUCAGCAAAACUUGCACAAACUGUACAUCAAGAAUAGCACCAUCGAAAGUGUGCAUCGGGACUCGUUCCGAAAUCUAACGAUCCUGAUUGAGUUGGAUCUGUCCAACAACAGACUGAAACGACUGGACCCGGGCCUGUUCGACGAUCUGAAAAAGCUACGAGUCAUCAUGUUGAACCACAACCAAAUCGAACGGCUGGAGAAUAACCUGUUUCAGAAUUUGAAAUUCCUGACCAAGAUCGAGCUGAACCACAAUCUGAUCUUUCGGAUAGCGCUGCACAGUUUCACGAACGUUCCGGCGCUGUCACAGAUCGAGCUGGACUUCAAUCGGCUGCAGAUCCUGCGCAAGGAAACGUUCAUCAAUUUGGAAAAACUGACCAGUUUGUCACUGACAAACAAUCCGUGGAAUUGCAGCUGUGCCCUGCGGAAUUUUAGUGAAUUCGUCAUGACCCACAGUCUGUACCGAUCGCCCACCACCUGUGCACAGCCACCGCUGCUACAAGGAAAGGAGUGGAACGAUAUCCACCUGGAUGAAUUCGCCUGUCGUCCACAAAUUAUCGAAAAUCGACUAAUCUACCCUAGCGAUGGGGAAAAUGCUACCUUUACGUGUAAGGUAACGGGACUGCCCCUGCCGAAGGUGGAUUGGUUGUUCCACAAACGACCCAUCCCGAAAGUAGACAAACGCUGGAGCGUAACGUACGCCGUUCGGACGAAUGGCAAAGAUACGAACGAGAUUCUGGUCUCCGAGCUGACAAUCGUGGGGGUCAAGUCUUCGGACAGGGGGUCCUUCGUUUGCAAGGCGACCAACCCGGGUGGGACGGAUGAGAGUGAGCAAUUUUUCGAUCUGAAGAAAGAACCGCCCAAAGUGGCACCGAACCGAACGAACGACAUACUGUGGAUUGUACUAUUUGUGGUGCUAGCGAUACUGAUUGUGUUGAUUCUGGUGAUAUUGGUACUGUGCUGUGUUUGCCGCAAGACGAGAAGAUUCAAGAAGAAUUCCUCAAUCAGCGAGAACGGACUGAUGAAUUCCAAGAUGGACAAGUCGGCGGACGGGUCGGUCCUGGACGGCGGUUCGGUGAUAAUGGAGAUGCAGAAGAGCUUGCUAACGGAGGUGAAUCCGGUGGAGAAACCGCCGAGGAGGGCCGACAUCGAAGCGAACGACAAGACCGACUACGACGAAGGGCACGAGGUCAAGAAGACGCUACUGGAGGAGACGGGAUUUGCUGCUCAGGAUGAGGAAACGGCCUCGGUUGCCCUGUCGGAUACGGCCCCGCGCACCCGUGCUACCUACAUUGAGGAUGGCGGCUACGGUACCACCAACCUUCCGCCGGAUCUGCUUGCCUUCCCUAGUACACGCUUUCCCCAGUCGCCCUCGAUCCAGAGCUCGAUGUCCAACAUCCACGACGGGCGGAUAUACGGCAAAUCGCCCCUCUCCAGUCCCAUCUACCAGCACAGUCCCGGCCUUCUGGGUGCCAGCGCAAGCGGCCAAGUUCCGGCUGGAUUUCGAACGCUUCAACAUCCGAAAACCGGACGGACGAUAGCGAUCGCAACGCAACGAUCCAAUUCGCCCUUCACGGCGGCACCGCUCAUCUACCCGCAGGUGGUCAUGAAGCAAGGCUACGUCACCAUUCCACGGAAACCGCGCACACCCAGUUGGAGCCCAUCGAUCAAUUCGACUGCGACGACGGCGGAACUGCUGCCACCCACGAGCCCAACGUCCACCGGAGAGCUGCCAGCCGCGACGGAACCGGUAUACGACAAUCUCGGCCUCCGGACGACGGCGUCCGGCAACUCGACGCUUAAGCUGAAUAAAUCGUCCAGCAAAGCGAGCUCCAGCAGUACGUACAGUAUGAAGAAUCGACCACUUCCAGCAACUCCCGGUGGACAGACAGCCAUGCCGGCGACGCACAACAACUCCACCGGUAGCAACUACGAAUCGAUCCCCGAGGUGGGAGGACAAUCAGCGACGACUUCGCCAUCGACGACGAUAGCGGGUCUCGAGUCGAUCUACGGUAGGACCACCGGCGGCAGCACCAGCAGUAGGAGCAAAGUGCCACCCCGGCCACCACCGAAGCCUAAAAAGAAGCCCAGCCUAGCGGGAAUGAACCUGGUGGUUGGGGGAACGCCCGGAUCGUCAAGCGGGUUGGCCAGCACCAGCAGUACCAGUCCACUGUUUGCGGACGAAGGAGACGACGGGACGGAAGUUUAGCUGCUCCUUCGGCGAAACGACGAUGUGUGGUGUGGCGCAAUAAACGACGACGACGACGACGACGACGAAAACGACCGUUUUUCCUUAUAGGGAACGACCGGUCGGUAGUGUGAGUAGCUUUUAAAGAUUCUUAUAUUAUAUAUUCAAAUAGUAUAUUCGGUGAAACAUAGUUAAUAGUUAUUUUUUCUACUCUAUUUGAACGUACAUUGAGAGAGGUAGGUGGGUGGUAGGCAGGUGCGCAGUUUGUGAGCGAAGCAAGAGAGGGAGAAAGAGAGAGAGAGGAGUAAAAUGAUGAACUUUAGUGUAUAUUGAAAAAAAAAAAAACAAUUAAGAAGAAUCUUUAUGAAAUCGAGAAAUAGCAUUAAAAGUGUACUAUUAUGUUUUUAUAAGAAAACUGACAGAAAGCAACGUAUAAAAAGUGAAAAUCAAAAGUUUUGAACUAUAGGGCUAAUGUUGCUAGUGUGUAAGGGUAGUUAAUAAACAAAAGUGGAACGAACGUGUUGAAGUGAUCCGACGAAUAGCUAUUUAUUUUACUGAAGGCAUGUGGCGUUGAUUGGGAGCUUCAGCUGGAAUAUCGAACAAAGUCCUAAUGAGAACGA